CACUUGCAGUGCAGUGGCAGGGGACGCUUUCAUUUGUAGCUCUCUGCACGUUUCACAAAAACGAAGUAGCAAAGCCACCAAACAGUAUGUUUGCUGGACCCACACUUUUCUAAGUAACUUUGUUCGCAGUUUGUGUUUGUGGCGGAGGGGUGCUUAGGGAUAAUGGCCACCACACCCAGACAUGAAAGAACGCCCGUCUGCUUGUCUGGUACUGAGAAAAAGCGGCUGCUGCGCUCGCCAGUUCCUCGGGCUCCUGUAGAUCUGUCUGACCAUGCCAAUGAUGACGAGGCUGAAAAGCAGAAACGCAAGGUUGACAGACAAGCAGCUUCCUUGCGAAGUCCUCACGGCGCUGGUUCACCUCGGAAACCAGGAGCUGGUGGAAGGCCUGGCUUUGUUGGAGACAAUGGCAUGAGUCAGUCCCAGCUAGCAGAUCACUAUGCUAGUUGCAUCAAGCUGUCCUCAGAGAAUAAAAUCAAUGCAAAGAAUGCAUUCGGCCUGCACCUCAUCGACUGCAUGGAUGAAAUGCUUCGUCAAGAAGGUGGACUCACCAACUUCCAGGUUGCUGGCUGCACGUUGGAUGCCAGUGCCAAGAUCUACUCUGGACGUGUUGACUCAAUCUAUGCUGACACCUAUAAGAUCCUGGGCGGUCUUGCUGGUCAAGAGCGCAAGCCAAGCGAACGUGAUGCUGACAAUGAUGCAGCUGCUGAUGGUACAGAGGGCAACAAACGUACUGGGAAAUCUAAGAAGAAGUUGCGUCACUCAAGAACUGUGGAGCAAAACACCGAGGCACUCAACGUGAAGAAAUUUGACCUUGAAUUUGAGGUCGAUCCACUCUUUUCUAAGACCUCUGCCACGUUCGACGAGGGAGGACCAAAGGGCUUGCUGUUGAAUCAGCUGUCCACUCGCGGUGACAGCUGCGAUGUUAUACUCGACUCCAAUGCAGUCGUGAUGCCCACCGCAGUGGUGACGGAAACAGAAGCCUCGUCCAGCCAUGAUCCGAAGAUGACGACGGACCUGUCUCAACUCAGAGAUCACCUUCACCUUCUUCGACUUGGCGGUCUAGAUAUUUGUCCCGACUUUUCGGAGUUUUUGUUCAUGGAGGAGCACGCAGGGGUGGGCAAUACGUUUAGUGUGCAUGAUGUUCUCGCAUCCACCACGCCAUCCAAAGCAAGAUUCCAGCAAGACUAUCGCUAUGAAGCUGGAGAGUCGAGUGAUGAGAAUGACAAUGUGGGUUAUGAUGGGCCAGGUGACAAUGACUAUCCCGAUAUGUGUGGCGAUGGUGGCAUGGCAGAUGAUGGCCUUGUCGAGGGAGGGGAUGUCACGCUGCCCGUAACACUCCCUGUACAGCCCGGUGACAAAACAAUGAUAGCUGUGGCUGGCCAGUCUAGCUGUGCGUCUAGCAAUCUAAUGCUGUCGGUGGCAACACAGCCUAACGAGUACUCAUACUUUGAUCAGCAGCACCUGGCCAACUGGGCUGGUCCCAGGCAUUGGCAACUUCGGCCACGGUCGAAAGACUCAAGCAAUGUUGAUGGCUCAGUUACAGCCGGCGAGAAGACUCGUGAGCGUGCCAAGCGAAAGGCAUUUGAAAUAGACUUCACCUCGAGCCUGGGCAGCAAGCAGCUGUUUGCACAGAGCAAGGCAACUCUUCUGACGAAAGGAACGCUGUCUAAACAGUCAAUUGCUCAAACAACAUUACCAGAAGAUCUUCAUUUCAACAUCAAUGAGCUCUUGCAGUUGUUCAUUAAUCCUAAAUGGAAGCUGGUUCGUAUGGAAGUGCCAGACGAUGAUAAAGAUCAUGGAGGCGAUAUGCCGUGGUAUAAUUAUCAGAAUCAGCGUGACUGCGAAGAGUAUUGCUUGCCUCCUGGAGCUGUGGCUGCUAACUCUGGUCCUGGUCAGCAUGCGGGAGAAGAAGACGCAGCAGGGGGUUGUGAUUUUGGUGGUGCUGGCGGUGGUGGUGACGAUGAUGAUGACUAUGAUGACGCUGCUCAGCAGGCAGCAGCGGCUGGCAGCAUGGGCAGCAUGACCAUGGACAACUUUGCCAGCUUGGCAGACAUGCAGAUGCAGAGCUUCCUGGAGCAAGCCAGAGGAGCUGAUCCCAGCAUGCUACUCGGUGAUAACCUGGUUGCUCAGCCCAGAAAGGUCCAGCGUAUUCAAAUCGACUAUGCUAAGGCUGCAAAGAAAAUGGAUGUGAAGAAGCUGAAGUCCGGAAUUUGGUCCGUGCUGACUCAACCCGGAGAGAAGGAGAACACACCAGCUCCUGAGCCCAGCAAAGACACGGAGAGCAAAGAUGAAUGUGCUGGUACUCAAUCCUUUUCCAGCCUGUACGGAACACUACCGCAUAAGAUUUCUGCCAACAUGACAAAGAACCUGUCUGUGCCUAUUGCUUUCGUCUGCUUACUGCAUCUUGCCAACGAGAAGAACUUGAAAGUGGCUGGGACAGAAGGUCGAUCUGAUCUGUUGAUCUCUCAGGAUAGUUGAUGUUAUGCAUGACUUCAGUCAAGAGCAGCUAUCUAAGGAUGUACCCGCUCUUCCAGUGAUAGCCACACAACCGCGUGGAUAUGAUCCUCCACUAACGUAAUCAAGCACCAGUCAAUGGAAACUCAGAAUGUGCGUGUAUGACACUGUGAAUGGUAUCUUUUCACGUAUCACUUUGAAACUGAGGCGUCUACACCAUGGCAUGUUGCAGUGAACUCCUUCACAUUGCUACUCCGUACAUGUGUGAGAUGUAGUCACUAUUUGCAUGUCUGCACUAUUAGACCACAUGUGAAGUCAUGGCUGCUAACAUUAUUGUCACUGGUGAACACUAGUAGUAUCUCUUUCCUUCUUUUCUUUUAGAACUGUGCUGUAGGCAGGGAUACGUUGCACACGCCGUAUCCUUGUCCAGCUUGUCUCUGGCAAGCUCUGUGCACCAAGUAGUAUCCUGAUGACUCAUGAUCUAACAUAACCAUUAGACUGAACGUCACCAACCCAUCAUGACAUUAUAAGACACGACGGGGACGAGUAUGCCCAGUGUGUUGUAUACUGGUAAAUAAUCAAUACUCUCUCUGUUCUGCAUGCAGUCCAUAUCAAUACUCUGUCUGUUCUGCAUGCAGUCCAUAUCAAUACUCUGUCUGUUCUGCAUGCAGUCCAUAUCUGGUUAGCACUGCACGUUAUGAAACACAUGAUCUCUUAUUUGAAAACAAUUAUCUCUAUUUCCAAGCAAUACCCCCAGGCACUACCCCCAAUACCCCCAGGCCACGAUGCAACCCACGAUUUUUUGGAUUAGCACCGCAACAGUAUCACUUUCCCUGUAGAACUACUGUAUAAUUAUGUAUACCAGUGUGAGCUUACUAAA